AAUUGUAUAAGAAAUCGGAAUUUUGGCUGGUGUAAAAUUGUUAUUUGUAAUUUUUAACCGGCAUGGGUUUUGAUUAAUAAAAAAAUGCAUAAAGUUCUCUUCUUGUCCAUUUAAAAUACAAGAGAUUCUAAGCUACUUUUAAAGCCGACUACGCUGACGAGCUGCAUUGGGAGCUCAGCUAUUUGAAGGUGAGCAAAUGACCAGUUUAUCAUUUAAUAAACGGAUCGUUCCCAGGCAAAGUGCAAGGAGCUGAAUUUGGAGGAGGAGUACAGGAAGUAUCAGGUCCGUCUUAUGAUAAGCUACCUCACCGUUUUCUACCCCUUGUUUUUACUGGUGAUGCUUUGCCUUCAAUUAGUCACAUGGACUUGUGUCGAGAACACGGAAAUUAAUAAGAUGAACUUGCUCUUCGAUGGACUUUCGUUGAUUUUGGUAGCCUCCUUGAUGAGUGUCAAUUUCUUUGAGAGCUUUGUGCUUCGCCACCCGUGGGUUAUGGUUUUGACCUCCGUUCUGUCCGUGCUUGCCGUGGUAUUUUGUGAUUUAAUGCAGAACACUUACCAUUAUUACAUUUCCCACUGGCCGCUGAACACCACGUUCGACGUCUUCGUGCUCUGCAUGAUUUACAUGUUCCUGCCAAUUCCCUCCAUCAGGGGAGCUGCUCUUUUGGCCACAUCCGUGAGCCUUAUUUACGUGGCCUACUUCAUGCACUUCCUGGCCUUCACCAGUAAACGCUUUUUACGAAGGGUCUACGGCAUCGACGUGGUCUCCGUGGAUAUAUUCCAAUACCUGGGCUUCAACAUGAUGGGCAUCUUCUUCCGCAUCAUGAACGACACGAUGGUGCGCGCCUCCUUUCUCGAUCGCCACCAGUUCAUGAAGGAGGAGAGGUGGCUGCGCCACGCCCUGGGCCAGGAAUCGAUGCUCCUAGACAGCGUCCUGCCUCCGCAGAUCGCCAAGCCCAUCCAGAGUAGCAUCAAGCACAGGAUCAUGCAGCCGGAGAACGAGUUCGAGCGCAAGAGCUUGGGUGUCUCAAGCGCGGAGUACUUCAUGGCCAUCCAGAUCCAUCCGGAUGUGAGUAUCCUGUACGCCGACGUGGUCAACUACACCCACUUGACCACCACCCUGGCGGUGGACAAGUUGGUGAAGGUGCUCCACGACCUCUACGGAAGAUUCGAUAUGGCUGCCUCGCACUUUAAGGUGCAGCGCAUCAAGUUCCUGGGCGACUGCUAUUAUUGUGUGGCGGGAUUGGUGGAGGCAGAUCCCGAUCACGCCACGAAAGCCGUGUCCCUGGGCAUUUCCAUGAUAGCCAACAUCCAGGAGGUGAGGAUCGAGCGCGCCUUGAAAUCGACAUGCGCAUAGGAGUUCAUUCGGGUUCCCUCUUCGCAGGAGUCAUCGGCGAGGCAAAGCUGCAGUUUGACAUUUGGGGUGAGUUGCUCAUGAGGAUAUUUAUCCCUCUUAUUUAAGUCAAUGUUUUUCCAGGUGCGG